GUUUUUUUUUUAUUUAAAACACGUGCAAGUAUUUUUUUCAGUUUGAAGAAUAAUAAUUAAAAAUGGGUAAAAAAUUCCAAAAAAAGAAGAAAACAGAGCAGCUUGAAAUCGUACCUAUGGAUGAAAAUCCACCUUUGCCACCACAAAGACCUUCGGAUGAAGUUAUUCCAAAAAGGGAAAAAUGGGUUAAUAAACAAAGAGUAUUGGUAUUUGCUGCUCGAGGCAUUAGCCACCGCGACAGACAUCUAAUGAAGGACAUUAAAACAUUAAUGCCUCAUCAUAGACCUGAAUCAAAAAUGGAGAGAUCGAAAACAUUAGCGGUGGUAAAUGAUAUGUGUGGAAUGAAGCACUGCAAUAAAUCCAUACUUUUUGAAGGAAGACGUAAAAGAGAUCUCUAUAUGUGGGUUUCGAACAUACCAAAUGGACCAUCCGCUAAGUUUUUAGUUGAAAACAUUCACACGAUGGCAGAAUUAAAGAUGACUGGCAACUGUUUAAGAGGCUCCAGACCGCUAUUGUCUUUUGAUGCUAAAUUCGAUGAAGUACCGCAUUUGAAAUUGUUAAAAGAGUUAUUUACUCAAAUUUUUGGUGUUCCUAAUCAUCAUCCCAAAAGUCAACCCUUUAUAGAUCAUGUUUACACAUUUACUUAUUUGGAUAAUCGUAUUUGGUUUAGAAAUUUCCAAAUACUUUCAGAAGACGGCGGCUUGGCUGAAAUUGGUCCACGUUUUGUAAUGAAUCCAGUUAAACUAUUUGAAGGCUCUUUCACCGGCAAUACUUUAUGGGAAAAUCCAGAUUAUGUCAGCCCAGCAAAACAGAGGCAAAUGCUUAAAAAAUCUGCUAAAGAUCGUUACGUUAAUCGUAUUGAACAAAAGGUGCAUCACGAAGCUACAUUACCUAAAAAUGCCUACGAAGGAAUAGAGUACGAUGAAAUAUUUGCUGAUAAUGAUGCAAUUGAAACGGCAAAACUUUUAGCGGAAAAAGCCAAGCAAAAGGCUCUUGAAAAAUUAGAAAAGCCAAACAAGAAAUCCACAAAAGAUGGCUUGACGAAAAAAAUCAAAGAAAAACAAUUGGAUGCUGUUAAACAAUUUAUUGAAAAGAAAAAAUCUAGUGCUAAAACAAAUAAAAAACAAAAAUCUUAAAAUAGUUACAAGUACUAUUUGUAAGUUUAAUUUUUAAUAUUUUAAACCUUUAUUUUUUAAUAAAAUACAUAAGUUUGUAAAAAUAAAUAUAAA